AUGGGCAGCCCUGGCUUCCUACCUGGCCUUGCCUCUCAGCCCCGUCAGGGCCUCACCUGUUGCUGCCUUUUGGCUCUCUUGGUUCUGGCCUCUGCCUGUUACAUCCAGAACUGCCCCAUCGGCGGGAAGCGCUCGGCGCUAGACAUGGACGUGCGCAAGUGCCUGCCCUGCGGUCCAGGAAGCAAAGGGCGCUGCUUCGGACCCAGCAUCUGCUGCGGGGAAGAGCUAGGCUGCUACAUGGGCACCGCCGAGAGCCUGAGGUGCCAGGAAGAGAGCUACCUGCCCUCCCCGUGCCAAUCUGGCCAGAAACCCUGCGGGAGUGGAGGGCGCUGUGCUGCCAGCGGGAUCUGCUGCAGCAGCGACGGCUGUGGACUAGACCCUGUCUGUGACCAAGAAACCACAUUCUCCUAGACCUGGACAGAUCCAGUCAGAUGGAGCAGAUCAUUUCCUAGCCCUUCCCCUUCAA